UUUCCGCGCCUGUCAAAAUUGGAAACACAUUUCCACGUAUUUUCGCCAAAGGUCUUAAAAAUGUAUAGUUUUUCACGACCAAAAUUCGCUGUAAAAUAUGAACAAGAAUUUCAAUAAGUGCUAUGGUGUAGAUUUGUUUAUAUUCAUAUCAUCAGUGUUUUACAUACCGGAGCGAAUCUUUCCUCUUCUGCAUUGAGAAGGUCUCCCACGGAAGAUGCCUUCGCCUGGCUCGCUAAAUGCCUCCUAUUCAGCACAUAGGAGAGCUCAUCCAGACUCGCCGCAGCGGUCGCGAUGCGCCUCCCCGAGGAAGACAUCCCCUGUUGGAAGAUUACCGAAUAUACAUAACACGGCAUCGAAUCUAGUGGCUUCAUUCGACUAUGAGGCGGAGUGUGGCGAUGUCUGGGAUUCGAUUCCCGAGCGCGACUGGCGGCUACUGGCUGCGCUCGCGAGGAAGAGAGAGGAGGACAACGAGCGAGAGAGACUCGCGGAGCAGUUCCAGAAGAUGUGGCUCAAGGAGAAGGAGGAGAGGGAAAUGGUAGAAGCAGAAACAACUGAGCAGUACAAAAAGUACCUCCAUCGCAAGCGUCGCCAGGAGCGAACUUUCCACGAGUACAAGCGUCUGCUGCUGAGCGCGGAGCAGCAGGCCAAGACCGGCGAGCUGAUCGACUGCAUCCGGCACAAGGAGCAGAAGACUGCUGACCUGCUGGCUUGGAGGGACGAUAAGAAGAUCACAGAAAUAAUAGGCAAAGCAGUGGAGGAAGAGGCCCGAUCUCAGCUGGCGGCCGAAAGGCGACUAAGACGAGGUGUCGCCGAGGAGUGGCGCAAACAGAUAGAGUUAAUGCACGCGCUGCAAAGAGCAGACGAGGCCGGGAAGCGCAGAAAUGCCAUGUUGAGGGAUGCUUCACAGCGCCUAGCGAUCACCAACGCCCUAACUUCCUGGGAGACCUCAGUAAUACGCCGUGAAGUCGAAGCGAUGGAAGCAGCCAAACGCGCGCGUUUCGCCGCUCACAACGCGAUGAAGGACGCGCGAAGUGUGCGUAUAUCUAAGAUUAAGGACAUCCGCACACUGCGCGCGCGCAGGCUCGCCGCCAUCACUGCGCAGAUGAGGGAAGCUGUGCGAAUGGGCAGAUAGUAAGAUGCCGCUAAAUAAAAAAAAAGAAUUCCCAAGACCAGCGGGUGUGGGGUGAUUCGCUGACUCAGUGUUCAAUACUGAAUGAUAGCCACAGAGAGAGCCCAUUUGACAUUGGCUGGUUCUAUAUUGCUG